AGUUUAUGCCUAAUGGUUCUCUUGAAAAGUUCAUUUAUGAAAAAAAUGUGGAGACGAAUCAAAAGUUGGAGUGGGAAACUUUGUAUAGAAUUGCAAUAGGCAUAGCUCGAGGAUUAGAGUACUUACAUCGUGGCUGUAGCACAAGAAUUUUGCACUUUGACAUAAAGCCCCAUAAUAUUCUUUUGGAUAAAGACUUCUGUCCAAAGAUCUCUGAUUUUGGUCUUGCUAAAAUUUGCUUGAAGAAAGAGAGUAUCAUUUCAAUGACGGGUGCACGAGGAACUAUUGGUUACAUUGCUCCAGAAGUAGUUAGUAGAAACUUUGGAGAAGUUUCUCACAAGUCAGAUGUUUAUAGCUAUGGAAUGAUGGUUUUAGAAAUGGUUGGAGGAAGAAAGAAUAUUGAUGUUGCAGUUAAUCGUACCAGUGAAAUAUAUUUUCCACACUGGAUUUACAACUGUCUUGAAGUAGAUGAUGAACUUGAACUGAAAGGUAUUGAAGGUGAAGAGGAUGAAGAAUCUGCUAGGAAGAUGAUAAUAGUGAGCUUGUGGUGUAUACAGACUAAUCCUUCAGACAGGCCAACAAUCAGCAGAGUAGUAGAUAUGUUGGAAGGGAGCAUCAAUUCCUUGCGGAUUCCGCCAAAGCCUUUCCUAUCUCCUACAAGAUCACCGCCAAGAGAUUCUUCAACUACACUACUAAGCUAAUUAGGUCCUAUAAUGAUGUAUUAAUUGUUAAGA